UAAAUCAAUGAAAAUCUGAUGAAAUGUUGAAUGUAUUGAAAGCAGUAGUGUUUUGAUGACCCGAUGGCCAACUUGUUUAGCGGAACACUUCACGCAUCCAUUUACGCCAAAUUCAGACCAAAUCCACCACAAGAUAUCAUUAAAUCAAUACUAAGUUAUUUAUCCCAUAAAGUAGACCGUAAUGAGUGGCGCUUAGCUGUGGAUGUCGGUUGCGGUAAUGGUCAGUGUAGUAAACCGUUGGCCAAACACUUUGAUCGGGUUUACGGGUUUGACACGAGUUCGGCACAAAUCGGUGAAGCGAUUCGUACCAAUCAUUCAUCAAAUAUAUCUUUCAAUGUAAGUCCAGCCGAAACUUUACCGCUUGAGUCCAAUUGUGUGCAAUUAUUAACUGCUUGUCAAGCAUUUCAUUGGUUUGAUUUCAAUAGAUUUUAUAAUGAAGUCAAUCGUGUUUUAGUGACCAAUGGAGUGAUAGCACUGUUGGGUUACACAAUGCCAGACAUAUCACACAAUAGUUUUAAAAAUAACAACAGAAUUAAAAAUUUAGUCAAAAAUUUUUAUAAAAGUCCAUCACUUUUGUGGUCUAAAAAAGAGAGACAAUUAGUCGAUGAGGAAUACUCUUCGGUUAAGUUACCAUUUGCUGAUGAAAUAAGAAGUAAUAAGUUUGAGACACAAAUAACAGCGACGGCUCAAGAGUUAAAAGGCUAUCUUUAUUCGUGGUCCGGAUAUAACACUUUAUAUCAAACAAAUCAACAAAAUGCUAAUCAAUUUAUCAAAUCAUUUGAUGACGAAAUUAAAGAUAUUUUUGGUGAUAAAAGCUUUAAUGAAAUUGACUUUACUAUACAUUUCAAUUACUUUCUUGUGAUGGCAAGAAAAUCGGAUAAUUGA